AAGUGAAGUCGCGAAAGUACAUAGGGUAGAACAUUAUCAAACAGAUUGUUGCCAGCACGUCUGAAUUCUCUUUUCAUCGUUCCUCGGCUAGCCCCGCUGACGGACGAGUUGCCACUGAUGGCUGCCAACAAAUGCAGCGCUGCCUCGGCGCCCCAAACAGGGAAUUAUAUGGCUCCACGAGGCCAAGCUGUGCAAAUGUCGCUCUCUAGCGCUGUGGCGCAUCUGAACAUGGUCUCUGCCGGUGUCAGCGUGGAGCCUGCGGAGUACAGCUGGGGCACUCCUUCCCUACUUCAACAACAAGCGCUUUACACCCAGUUUUUGCAGCUGGCAUUUAUGUGCACCCUACCCCAAAUGCAGUAUGCGCACCUUUCAGCGGUGCAAACUGGCCGCGCUGCUAUGUUUCCUGGCUUUAUGCCAUCCUGUACAGGUUACCUGCCGCCCAUGGUUCCCUCGUGCGCACCAAAUGCACCCUCACCAGCGCCUUGCUCGCCUCCUGCGCCGCAGGGCUCUGGGCAACAGGAAAAGGAGAGCGCUGCCCUCCCAGAAACGGCCAGCGGCAGGACUGGGAAGGUUGCGUCGCCGAGCAAGAAGGCAGCGCCAAAGACGAAGCCGGCGAAAUUUGCAUCUGGGGUUAAUACUUCCCUGGCGGCCCCAGCGGCUGGGUCGUCGAAGGCCGAGGCUGACAUGGAGCUGGAGGACAUCUGCCGCUUGCUUGGGGACGACGCAUUCUUGGAGCACCUUCAAGACGACGUCCUUUCCGAGGGCUCCAACGGCAGCUCGGCCACCAUGGACGGCCACGCGCUGUCUAAGAACAACAGCAACGGCAGCUUAUGCAUCAGCGGCGCUAUGCACAACAACGGCGAUGUCUUGUUUCCGGGCACCAACUUCGCCAGCACGUUCGACAUGGACAUGGACGAUGCUCCUUCUGCAACCACAGCUGCUGCCGCGCAAGAAACCGCAUGGAACACCGCGCCAUCGCAGUUGCCCGUCAAAGCGAGGUCGGGGGAUCUCAACAACAUGGUCGCCUCCUCUCCGGUCAACGGCAGGUCAACGCGUUCCAGCCGAUGCGUUGCUCGGGAAGCUACCACUGCGGGCAGGGAAUCUACGGCUGCCACCACAACCGGCACUGGCGCUGCGGUUACCAAGAUAACCCUCAAGGUCAAGGGCGGCGUGCAGAAGGCCUCAGCUUCAAAGUCCUCCAAGGCCCAGGUAUCUGCUGCGGUUGUUGCUUCUGCCGGCACCGCUGCUCCCGCUGCUGUGACGGACGCGGCCCCGGCGUCGCAGCCGGCUGCGGAGGAGUGCACGCUCUCAGCCGCCGACCUGUCCCGUCUCCUUGGGGAGGACGACAACCGGAUUCCCGAUGGCUGGGACCUGGACCUCGACUUUGAGAACCCCUUCUCCUGCUCCAUCAGCGCCUUCUGAGGAGGGAGACGACACACCCGGCCUGCCUGGCGCCCCUUCCAGCCCGUCCAUCUGUUGUUUGCUGGCUCAUGAGCGGACCUGUUGUGCCCUCGAGGUAGGACCGCCUGCGUUUCAAGAUCUGACGGGCCAGGCUCUGGCUCGGACGGCCGUGCCCGUCGGCGCACGCAAGUCGUUUGGGGCCUUUUCAGCAGCCGGCUGGACGGAGGAAGACUAGGGCAGCGUCGCGGGAAGGAGGAAGGGGGGGAAGGAGGAGGGGGGAAGGGGUUGGGCAACGGCGACCGGACUCUGGUUGUUGGACUCGGGACGUCGCCCGCCAGUCAGCUGGGUUGUGCAUGUCUUCGGCACAGUCCAUCGAAACUGCACGAACUCCCAUUGCCUUAACAACCCACGAGUUGCUACUACUAAUACUACUACUACUAUGGAAGCUACUACUUAGUAGGCCUGCCAAAUGGAAGCUUUUUGGCGGCGGCACGGCAAUCUGCUGGGCUAAUGGUACAUGCGCAUUCUGAUCGGGCUCUCGGACAUGCUGAUGAUGAUGGGCGGUUUUGUGAAUAAAGGCUAGUCGUUUUCUUAUUCUGCUGCCCUUAUUCCUUGUUCGCCGUCCGGCGCCUUACAAGUUAGCCAAUUGGCGGUGGGACAGAUGUGCUCGCAGUAUCGUUGCCAACCGCAGCGGUCCCUCGUCUGGAUAAUGUCCCAGCAGUUUUGUAGUAGCAGCUGCGUCACGGCGCCGUCCCUGCAUGCGCACCUCUGCUUUGGGACUGCGUGUGUGGCAUGCAGGGUGGUCGGUUGUAUGGAGCCCGCAUCGCUUGAUCGGUGUUGCGGCACGGUGGCACGGCGAUACUGCACCUAUUGGGGUCUGUGAUUCUUUACCGUCAUUAUUAAGGGCAACCGGUGUGGCUUUCCUCAUCUGGAGAGGUACCCUCGGUUGUGUCUGCUAGCAUUGCCAUGAGAGGAGGAGCGUUUGUGUUUUGGCGAGAGGGUGUUUGUGCAAGGAAGCCGUGAAACUGUAAGGGCGAGAGACGGUGAGCGGAGGGGUUGGUUGCUCUAUUCCUUCCAUAAGUGAAGGCUGUUUUGAGAAGAAUGACACUUUGAGAAGAAAAUGUAUGCUGAGUGUGGGCUGGUUAGGAUGGCGAAGGG